UCCAAUGCUGUAAAAUCCUUCUCUCUUGCAAGAUUAAAAUAAAGAUGAUUCUGAGUGACAUACAUCAGUCUCUGGAUGCAAAUUUUUCUACAACAAUUUGGCGUCGCGAACAGGAUUCCUUGACAAAUUUACUCUGGGGACAUUGAUGAAGAAGUGCCAGGCGCCAGCCUUGGAAGAGAUUCCUUGCCUUUACCCCGCUUAGUGUUACAGGGACAGAGGACUUCUGCGUCAAGGUUCCUGGGAGACUCAGCACUGGAAUCCAGAAAGAACCAGAUUUCUUCCCAGAGAUGUUUCACAGACGGUGAAAGCGACACUACCUGAGACAGCCACAUCUCCCCUCCAUUCAUUGGUGCCAGGUGACUGGGUCCUGGUCAGAGAGUUUAGGAGGAAACACUGGAAGUCCAGGCGCUGGAGAGGACCAUUUCAGAUCCUGCUGGUCACCCACACGGCUGUGAAGGUGGCAGAGUGAAUCACAUGGAUACACGCAUUGCAUUGCAAGCAGAUUCCAGCUCCUCUGGAAUCUCCUGGUCCCCAGGAUCCAAAUAAUCUUUUACCUGGAUCAUCUACUGCUUAACGUGUGAGGACAGCGGCCCACCACAAGGCUACGAACUGUAAGCUAAUCACUGUAGAGUGAUUGAAAAGGUGGGUGAAGAACACUGUUCUGACAAGGGCACAAUAAUCCCUUGGGCAGUGCAACGUUUGUUAAAAGGAGUACUUGGACGAGAAGAGGAUGCCUCCUUUCAGCCCCGAAUCUUCCAAAAUUAAGGAUUACAAGAGAUGGGGAAAGACUAUUGCAUAUGCGUUACUCUUUGUAUUCAUCAUUGUUAUGUUAUAUUGUCUUUUUUAUUUGCAUGUGUUUGUUGCUCAAAAGCACAUCAGGACAGGCAGAGCAGUCCUGAUGGCCAUUGUAGAAAGGAACUCAUGGCUGGUAACCAUACAGGUUCCUGGGAAUACCACAGUGGCAGCGAAGAUUGACCUCUGUGAUGUGGUCCCCUGUGAAGGUCGUGACAGUUAUUUUCAGAAUGCAGACGUGUACAUUUGUGCCCUAGCAUUUGGAAAGUGGGGUCUCAUCAGUUUGAUUAGAGACAAAUCUACUCAGCGAACUGACAACACUAGAUAUAAUCCACUGGUAAUAACAGUCAGGGGAAUGUGGAAGAAUCCCUGGCCUACUGUUAAACAUGCAGAUCUUAAUGAACUUGUUUUGAUUUUAGGAGCUGAUGUUUCUGGAAAAGACCCACAGGGAUUGUUUCGAAUUCAGUUUGUGGAUCAGCCUAAACCUCCUGAUGAAAUUUUAGAUAUUUCUGAUGUUAGCACUUCUCCAAGCCCAACCACACCUCCUCAAGCACUGGUGACUUACUUACAUGUUUCAUCACCUGAGGUAAUGUUACAAGUUGAAACUGGAUUUUCUGAUAAAAAACAUCUGGUCAGAAUGGAUUACAUUUACUUCAAAAACCAAUAACAUGACAGAGUGUAUUGCCUGUCCAUCAGCCACACCACAACUUUUCACUACUCCUGCUUCUUAUACAACAUAGACCGCCCUGGGUUUGACUGCAUGUUAGCUCUACACAUGACUUCACCUAAACAUUGUUCCACUUUGAGUGACCUUUUCCCACCUGCUAACAAUCACACCAUCCCUCCGGUUUUCACACCUAGAACAGGAAAUUACACAUGGCUUACCAGGAGGAAUUACAGCUUUGUGGGUCACAUGUCUAAGUCUUGGUGUCCAGAUACCAUAAAUGUUACAACCUGGGAUAAUGCUAGUUCACUCCUCCAUGCAUGUGCUGACCUCUUCUGGUUUUGUGGUGGAAAGACACUGUUCAAUUAUUUGCCUUCUUCUUGGUCAGGAACAUGUACUUUAGUUAGAUUAGCUCUACCAGUGGUUUUGCUUGGACAUUUGCCAACUUCUCCAUCAUCGAUUCUCCGUCACAAACGUGCAGUGGAUUUUUCUUUCAGACAUAACGAUCCCACUUAUUUCGAUGCUAUUGGGGUUCCAUGUGGUGUUCCGUAUGAAUAUAAGUUAGCCAGUCCUAUAGCCAAUGGGUUUGAAUCAAUAUUUCUUUGGAUUACUCCUAAGAAAAAUGUUGAUCGCAUUAAUUAUGUUCACUAUAAUAUACAGCGCUUAGUAAACAUUACCAGAGAUGUAAUAGUAGGUGUAACUGACCAAUUAUCCUCUAGUUCUCUUAUGUCUUGGCAAAACAGAAUGGCCUUAGACAUGUUGUUAGCUGAAAAGGGUGGUAUUUUUGCCAUGUUUGGUUCUUUAUGCUGUACUUUUAUUCCAAAUAAUACAGCCCCUGAUGGUUCAGUAGCCAAGGCCCUAGAUGAAUUGCGCACCCUGGCUCAUCACAUGACAGAAGACUCUGGUGUAGAUUCUUUACCUGAUUGGUUUGCUGACACUAUUGGUAAAUGGAAGGAUUUUAUUAUUACAGGUAUGACUUCCUUUGCCAUCUUCGCAGGUAUUCUCAUUUGCUGUGGAUGUUGUGCCAUUCCCUGUCUGCGCACUCUAAUUAACAGAUUGAUCACUACAGCUCUGUCAAAGGAGGACUCCUCUAGGUCAUAUCAGAAGCCUCUCCGCACAGGUGUACAGGAACCCAUGGAUUGCUCUGAUGAGUCUGACAGCGACUCUCAUGAUGAUGAUGCUUUCUAAUAAAUUUACCGAUAUUCAAUUUACAUCUAUUCAUAUAAUCCUCCAAAUUCUACUCACAUAGAUGUGUACCAAACACACACAGGGUAGAUGAUAACUCAUGAUUUAAUUUUGCUAGUAUAUUGGUGUACUAAUAUAUUCUACUACAUUUUCUUCAUAAAAUUUUUUUUGAGUGUUUGAAUUCUUUAUAUUAUAGGUGUAUUCAUUUUAUCUAAUCAUUCCUUAAAAGGUUGUUGAUCGAAGAGAUGUUUUUGUUUCCAUCAGAAUGACAAAUUGUUGCCAACAAAGAGGAUAACAGUAAUAAUAGAUUUGUUGUAGUAUUUAGCUUUGUGAUGUUUCAUUAUUCAUUUUACAUUCUUUAGUCAAUUUUUAUGACUACUUAUUUCAUAUAAUCAAUUUUUUAUUCGUUUUUAUUAUUCAUUUUAUUACUAAUCAGUUUACAUUUUUGAAAAUCAUUUUCUUGUACUUUCCUUCUUUGUCAUUCAGUAAAAUUUUCUCAGGUGUUCGAUAACAUAUGAAACUAGUUUCAUUAUAAUCGAAGAGGGUGGAUUGUUUUGGAAAUGUUAGUGCCUUGCUUGAUUUGCUCCUUGAUACUCUACAGGAACUGACAAAAUUAUUAGAUCCCCUCUGUGUUGUUCCAUUCUUCUCUUAUUUAGUCUUAGAAUAAUGGUUUCUCAG